UCUUUCUCAAUUCGAAUCAAAAGUCCUAAAAAAACAGAAUGUCAUUUAGCAAUAGUACUAAAGAGCCUCGAAUUUUUGGUUGGCCUUAAGGUCCUUUGUCAAAAAAAACAAUGGGCUGGGCCUGGCUGCGUCGAGUGGAUUUAGGUCAGGUAUAUUUUAACUUUCUAAAAAAAUAGUUAAAUAUGUGAUCAAUCAUUUUUUUACUGCUGUAAUAAACCAUCAUCAAAUAGUAACUGAAAAAAACUUCAGAUAAAACAAACAAAACUGCGCAUAAGCUUAAUUUAAAUUUAGUUAGUUUUGUGUAUUCAUGAAUAGAUCUGCUCAAUAUUAAUCAAAAAAAAAAAAAAACUCAUAAGCUUAUUAUGAAUAACAAUUUAAUUAGCUCGAAUAUUCUCCUCUUAAUCCUUCCCGCCACCUUCCUCUCCGCAAAACUAUAACUAAAUUGCGUUAAUUCAGUUUUUCACCAGUUCAUCACACAAUACACACUAAUCUUAAUUAACACUAAACAAUAAAACAUAAUCCGUAUUUAAGAACAUCACUAUGCAUCCCCAAUAUUCCAUCAACUCUUUCACAAAAUUUUCAAUUCAAUUUCAUAAAAAAAUAAUAAUGGAAUCAAGUUGUUGUGGAGAUUACAUGACGGCGGCGUCGCCGGAGAUGGCGACGGUGACGGGAUCUGAAUCAAUAGCGUUGAGACUUCUUUGUGUAGUCUUUAUCAUCCUCUUCUACGGAUCGAUAAUUCUCCUUUGUUUCGUAAUGUACCCGAAGCUACCGAAGGAAGAAAUCGGCGACGAAGAAGCCGGUGAGCCGUUACCUCCCGCCGUGAGACUCACGAAAUGCGGCGGUGGAGACGGCGGUGACGGUGACGGAGUUAGAGCUGACGUGUGUGUGAUUUGUUUGGAGGAUUUUAAAGUAAACGACGUCGUUAGAGUUCUUGUGAGAUGCAAGCACGUGUUUCACGUGGAUUGUAUAGAUUCUUGGUGUUUUUAUAAGCUGACGUGUCCGAUUUGUAGAGCUCCGUUUCAGUGGUUUGGUGGUGAUUGGUAGAGGGAGAAGAGUGGAGGUUUAGGGUUUAAUGUUCGGUAUGAUCCGGUUUAAUCCCAAUUUCGAUAUUUUUACUGUCUUUGGGAUUUAGAAAAUUUAAGAAUGAUCUUAAAAUUAUCUAUCCGGUGUUUCUAUCGUGAUGUAUGUGUGUACAUAUUUGGAAAGAAUAAUUAUAGAUUUAUAGGAACGAAAUCUACCGAUUACGGUAUUUUUGUAACAUUAUACCGAUCAUGGUUUGGUUUCAAACUUUGCGGUAAUCUAAGUUAUGUUUUAAUUUUAAAUAAGAUGAAAUUUGCGAAUGUUGUUUUUUUUUUCUUUUUUUACUC